CCUAACCCUGUACCAGCAAGGCUAGGGGACAAGAGAAGGCGCUGGAAAGGAAAACGCCACACUAGCCGAGGCUGAGAAAUGCAGCCCGCAGCAUUUCCUCGCGAUCGCGACCGCGACUUUAAGUUUUGCUGGACUAUAUCCUUGCGACUGACCUCCCUGACAGACCCCUCACCUUCAAACCCACGACGAGACUACGGUGCGCACGCCCACACAUAGCAGCCGACGACACUCAUUUGCAGUCUUGUCUUUAAUAGCCCAAGGCCACCAAGCAGCGGGAUUUAGUCAGCUACCCAGCAGCUCCUGCGGCCCGUUUAGCUAGCAGCACGCCGCCAUCAUGUCUCGCCAUCACCCCGACCUCGUCAUGUGCCGCAAGCAGUCGGGCAUCGCCAUCGGGCGGCUCUGCGACAAGUGUGACGGCAAGUGCCCCGUGUGCGACUCGUACGUGCGGCCGACGACGCUGGUGCGCAUCUGCGACGAGUGCAGCUUCGGCAACUACCAGAACAAGUGCGUCGUGUGCGGCGGCGAAGGGAUCUCGGACGCCUUUUAUUGUUUUGAGUGCACGCGCCUCGAGAAGGACCGUGAUGGGUGCCCCAAGAUUAUCAAUUUGGGUAGUUCGCGAACGGAUCUGUUCUACCAAAAAAAAACAAAUCGCACUUUCACCUAGCACUCGAGCGGCCCGGGCCUGGGUCAGAGUGGCUCUUUUUUUCCCUCUCUUUUUUGUUGUCUGUCUGUCUGCAUCCCUCGCCAGCUGCGUUG